CUUAAGGUGAAGGAGAAGAGGGGCUGGACUCUGAACAGCGCUGGCUACCUUCUCGGUCCACAUGCCAUUGACCACCAUAGAUCACUGCACGACAAGCAUGGCCUCGCUGGCAAGCGGGAACUCCAGCCGGAAGACGAAGCGAAGCCAGGGAGCUUUGACAGGCCACUGCCAGAAAACGACGUCGCACGCACGGUCAUCGAGUUCCUGACGUUCUUGCAACUCAAAGAUGCCGGGGCCCUGGAGCCCCUGUUCCCCUCAGCCGUGUCCUCAGAAGACGCAGAGCAGUCCUGAGGACGUGCCGGGCGACUGCGCCAUGACGGGUCACGCGGAGUAAACCACGCCCGUCUCCCCUGCUUCGAUGUGGUGUCAUUUAAGAUGUUUUCCUUCGGGAAUUGUGUUGAGUGGCGAAAUAAACAAU